GAUCCUUUAGAACUGAUUUACCGAAUAUUGAUGUUAAAUGUGUUGUUUAUUUGGCUGAUUUGGUUUUGAUUGUCUCUUAAUAUUAACCAUCUUUGAGUUUUUGCUUCAGUUGUUUGCAGUAGCUAGGGCUUUUGGAGCUUCAGAGUUCAGACAUAAUAGCUGUGGAUGUUCAGGAUCAUAAGUUGCAGAAGGCGAUGACUCUUGGUGCUACACAUAUUGUCAAUGCUGCUAAAGAUGCUGUUGAAAGGAUAAGAGAAACAACAGGUGGGAUGGGUGUGGAUGUUGCUGUUGAAGCCUUGGGAAAGCCUCAAACUUUCAUGCAGUGCACACUAAGUGUAAAAGAUGGUGGAAAAGCUGUGAUGAUUGGACCCUCACAAGCUGGUUUUGUUGGUGAAAUAGACAUAAACCGACUUUUUCGUAGGAAGGUAUGA